AUGACGCAGUUACACAAAUUUUUCGAUUCGGGGGAUUACAAUAUGGCAAGAGCUAAAACUGCCCUUCAAAAAUCGACAACAGAAGAGGAGGCAAUUUUAAAAGAGGGGUUGCUCCAAGAAUCCACAGGAGUUACCAUAGCAACACCAGAAAGUGUCCCUGCUGUUCGCCGGAAAUCAAUGGUCGAGGGUCCUGGUUCCCAUAGGAACAGUCUCACCACUACCACAAUUACCCCAGGCGCAGAACCCCAGCAUCUUCCCGAAAAUCAAUGA